AAAGAAGUGUUAACAUCACAAAAGGUCAGUGUGAGCUAAAGAAUAGCAAAAACAAAACUGUGAGCCAACAUUUAGUGGAGCUGUCACCAACAGAAAGAGCUGACUGACAAUAAUUGGAUUUAGGCUUCCUUAUCCUCCUGGUGCAGAUGUUUCUAUGUCUCUCACAGCUUAGCCAGUCCUACGAGGGGACACUGGAGGUAGUCGUGGGCCGGGCUGCGUCUCCGUUGAUGAUUUGUGGGGAGGAUGAUCGUUUUUUUGUUUGUAUGUUGUUGUUUUUUAUAUUGUCUGGUGGGUGUGUUUAUGACCCUGACAAACAGUACCUUAAGGUUAAGACUGUAACCCUAAGAAGUGUGAACGGGCAUAGACCGGGCACAGGAACUCCAAUUACAUUUCUGAAAAGAGACACACGUUCAAUUUCACUGCCUACAAAAUACCCAGAGCGCCGUUAGGACUUCGACUGUGGGAUGGAUUGCAGAGUGGGUGGAGGCCCCGGCCUCCCCUUCAAGCAACAGGACGGAGGCACCUUAAUCAGAGCAGGUGUGCAGAGAGGCAGCUUAUAGGUCCGGCAACGUGGACGUGGCUCAUUUCGGAGGGAAAGAAAGUGAGCAGUUCGAGCCCCUCCUCACAGAUGUGGGACCCACUCGACUUUGUGUCCCGGCGGAUCUGGUUUAAAUGGAGUUUCCCCUUCAGGAGUCGACUUCAAAAUGAAGACGCUAGUAAUAGAUGGUAUCAAAGUACGGAUACAGAUAUGGGACACUGCGGGACAAGAAAGGUACCAGACCAUCACUAAGCAAUACUACAGACGAGCACAGGGAAUCUUCCUGGUGUAUGAUAUCACGAGUGAGCGAUCCUUCCAACACAUCAUGAAGUGGGCCAGUGAUGUGGAUGAGUACGCUCCUGAGAAGGUCCGGAAGAUACUCGUAGGGAACAAGUCAGAUGAGGUGGACAAGAGGCAGGUGGCCACGGAGCAAGGAGUCAAGCUGGCCAAGGCUUACGGGAUGGAUUUCUUUGAGACAAGUGCCUUCACCAACCAAAAUAUAUCCGAGACUUUCACACGAUUGGCUGAACAGGUGCUGGCAGCUAAUAAAAAGGACCUGGAUCUUCUCCGGAUGUCUGUCAAUGACGAGAUUAAUCUUGCCGCUCUGGAGGAAGAGGAAGGACUCUGUGACAGCGAGGCGGCCGACCGAGGCAAAGGCUGCUGGUGUUAGAGAGACAAUUCAGAUCUGAUCGUCUGUUACCACUGGACACUUCGCACACUAGGCAAAACGUUUCUUUUUGUCGUUAGUUGAAAUAAAGUGAAGCAAUUUUUA